CUCGGAAAGCGGAAUAAGAAUACGUCUCGACUGACUUUUUAAAAAAUGACAACCAAAAGCCGUGUGCAUUGACACAUUAAAAGAAUGGCGAUUUGUAAAUAACCAUAUAUCUAAACUUUCCGGUAGGGCAGUGUUUAGGAAUCAUUAACGCUGAAAGAAAUGCAGUGAUUUGACGUAAUCAGAGACGACUGUUUUAGCAGUCAAUCAUGCUAUAUGGGGAGUCUACCGUCUAGAAAUAAACUUCAGAUCGAUGGCGGCGACAUUGAUUCCCCUCCGUGGACCCAAACUGUCAUGUUCUCCCAGAAAUAUUACAGAGACGGUCUACUGACACUGUCUAAAGGAUUCACUAAAAUCAACAAUAACACCAUCGUCAGGACGCGAACUGGAAAUGAAGUAACAGAUGGUGCAAAAUGGAGCAGACCAUUUCGGAGGGGAAAACAUGUUUUCGAAAUAGUAUUCCCACGUCAAAUGCGCGGGAAACACGCCGCGGUAGGGAUAGGUUUGAAAAAGGCAGCUGUAGUCAGUGAAUCAAACAAGUCCUUAGUGGGGACUGAUGAAAAUUCUUGGGGCGUGGAUCUAGUGACCAAAGAUGUUUCCCAUAAUAAGCGGAAACUGGGUAAAUUCCCAGGAGUUUUGACGAGUUUUCCCGAUCGGUUCUACAUGUAUAUUGACAUGGAUGUUGGCAGCUUACUGUUUGGCCAGGAAGACAAGUUCUUUGGAGCCGCACUGACAGACGAGAAGUUAAUAGGGAGCGUGGUAUACCCCAUGAUAUCCGCCACUCAGACGGGGGCCACUAUCACUGUAGUUUACAGAGGAAAAGGUAGGGGGAUCGAGCAAAGGCGGAUCUAAGGUAAACAGAUUAAUGGUCCGAUACGAAAGAAAAGGAAAUAGAUUCACGAUCCCGGGAAAUGGAUUCACGAUCCCGGGAAAUAGAUUCACGAUCCCGGGAAAUAGAUUUAAAAAUCCCGGGAAAUAGAUUCACAAUCCUGGGAAAUAGAUUUAAAAAUCCCGGGAAAUAGAUGCUCGAUCCCAGGAAAUAGAGUGAUAGAUCCACGACUCAUCAGAAACAGCUUCGUACUCAGGGAGGAACAGCCGCAAAAAUGUUGUGGUUAUGACUUGCACAAACUAAUUUAAAAUUCGCAGAAAAGAAUUGAUAUAUUACUUUUAUUAAAUCAUUUAGAAUGUUUUUAUAAAGGUUAUGUGAUGCAUGA